AUGGCUUAUGAUGCUGUGAUUUCUCUUAUACUAACUUUGAAGCAACUUGUGCAGCUAAAGCCACAUUGGAUAAGUGAUGAAACAAGGAAAAUGGUUGAUUCUGUCCUUGAAAGUCUUGAAUAUUUCCAAGACUUUGUUGAGAACACUAGCAAGAGAAGGAAAGAUUGUGUAAAGGUUGAAGAGUUGGAACGAGAGAUGAAAAGUGCAGUUAAUGAAGCAGAGGACGCGAUAGAACUAGAGAUAUAUGAAAUUAACAAACUGGAAAAAGGAAAUGCAAGAGAGGCAUUAUGUGAAACUCUGUUACUGCUAGUAGAAAAGAUUGAUGAUAUGAAGAGGAAUGUGAUGGGAAGUAGUUUUGGUACAAAUGAGGUUCAAGGUUAUAGUAAUCCUACAAAUGAGGAUCUGCAAACAGGAUAUGUUGCAAAACUUAAUCCAGAAAGUGUUGUCGUUGGUCUCGAAGAUGACCUCAUGAGAAUCAUUAGACGACUAAAAGGGUCGAUGUCUACUCGAGAGAUUAUCCCCAUUUUGGGAAUGGGUGGUAUAGGCAAAACAACUCUUGCAAAAAUGGCAUAUGAUGAUCCUCAAAUCAGGAAUCACUUUGACAUACAUGUUUGGGUGACUAUAUCUCAAGAAUACCAAACUAGAUAUUUGUUGUUAGGUGUUGUUUCUUGUAUUUUUAAUGAGAUCAAACAAGGGACUGAUAAUGAAUUGAUGGAUAUGAUAUACAAAAAGUUAAAGGGUCGAAGGUAUCUUGUUGUCAUGGAUGAUAUUUGGAGUAAUGAGGUCUGGGAUCUUAUGUCAAGAACUUUUCCUGACGAUGACAAUGGGAGUCGAAUCAUUUUGACAAGUAGGCUCAAAGGUGUGGCAACGCAUGCUGACCCUGACACCCCACCUCAUGAGGUUAGCCUCUUGAAUGCAGAUGACAGUUGGAAGUUACUUCAUGAAACGGUGUUCGGGGUAGUACAUGUUUGUCCUCCUGAACUAGAGGAUAUUGGGAAGCAAGUAGCACAAAAAUGCCAAGGACUACCUUUAGCUCUUCUAGUGGUCGCGGGGCAUCUUUCUAAAAUUGAAAGAACACAAGAAAGUUGGAAAGAUGUUGCCAAAAGUGUAAGUAAAGUUGUUGCUAAUGAAUCAGAUAAAUGUUUAGGAGUGCUUGCUAUGAGUUACCAUUACUUACCUAAUCAUCUUAAACCAUGUUUCCUCUAUAUGGGAGUCUUUCCGGAAGAUAGUGAUGUUAACAUAGAGAAAUUGAUCAACUUAUGGGUUUGUGAGGGUUUUCUAUGGGAAGAAUUAGUGGGAAGAGAUUUUUUGGAAGAUCUUGUUAGUAGGAAUCUGAUAAUGGUUAGAAACAGGAGAUUUAAUGGGGAGUGGAAAUCAUGUGGUGUCCAUGAUCUUGUUCGUGACUUAAUUUUACGAGAAGCUGAGAAAGAGAAGUUCCUGCAGGUUACUAAAGAUCCUUCAGCAAAGAUGCAUCAUGUUUGUCGUUACAGUUUCCAUUCAAACAUUUAUCAGAAUGAUUUGUUGGAGUCAUCAUCAAUUGAUCUCACCCGCACUAUGCAUUUCUUCCGUGGAUUAGGUUCUAAACAAGUCCCUCUUUUGGCUUGCUUCAAAUUGUUAAGAGUGUUGUCAGUCGUUCAGUAUGGGUUUGAAGAUUUCCCUCUUGUGAUAACAAAAUUAGUACAUCUUAGAUACCUUCAAUUACGCAGUUGUGAUGAUCCUCACGGGUCGUUGUCUGAGCUUUAUAAUCUCCAGGUCUUCAUUGUUGGAAGCCUAGGUUAUAAUCCUCCAACUAUACAUGAGACAAUUUGGCAAAUGAAACAUUUAAGGGAUCUUAAGUCAAAAGGAAUGCCAGGGUGA